CUUACGAUGGAGAAGUGGAUUGGUAAAGUGGCACUAGUAACGGGCGCCAGUGCCGGUAUCGGACAGGAUGUGGCAAUCGCACUAGCCAACGCUGGUAUGAUCGUUGUCGGAAUAGCUCGGCGUGCCGAGUUAGUUACAGUACUUUCAACCAACGUUACCGGUACGGGUAAGAUUUACGCUAAAAAGUGUGACGUGAGCAAUGAGGCAGAAAUUAUGGAAACGUUGGGCUGGAUAAGCCGCGAAUUUGGUGGAGUGGAUGUGCUGAUUAACAAUGCAGGCAUUUAUCGUUAUCACUUUAUUACGGAGAGCGAAACAUCCGAUUUCAGGGACACGUUUAACGUGAACGUGUUGGCAACUUGUAUUUUUAUCCGGGAAGUUGUAAAGGACAUGAAGGCACGACAAUCUUACGGUCAUAUCGUGCUGCUAAAUAGCUUGCUGGGGAAACGGGUUCCCGACGUAUCGGUCCCAUUGUUUGGCGUGUAUCCUGCUUCGAAGUUUGCGCUGGUCGGAUUGACGGAAGUUUUACGACAAGAGCUUAACUUCUUCAAGUUGCCCAUCAAAGUGACGAACGUACAUCCUGGAAUGGUGGAAACGGAUAUGAUCAAGGUGUUUGAGUCUGCCCUAGCAGAACGGCUGCCGAAGCUACAGGUCAAGGAUAUUACCGCCAGCAUCAUACACUGCCUGGAGACACCUCCAGAAGUUCGCAUUGAUGAAAUAACUCUGAUGCCAAGUAUGAAAUGA